CCAUAACCUUGAUCAAGAUGUGAACGCCGAGGCCGGAAGAUAACAGUGAUUGUUUUAUGUUAGACUUAAACUCACUGGUCAUUUUGAUUGAAAUUUGGGUCUGUGACGCCAAUUCCUGGUAGGGGGACAAAUUUGAUUGCCACACACCAAGUACCUUGCUAGCACGUUCAGGGGCAGCUGAGAGAGACUGAAGUGCUAAGUCCAACUCUAGCGCUAAUUUAUUCUAAAUAUCUAUUUUACUGCGAGACAAUCACUUCUCCAGCGAGAGACCAGAGUGCAACUUCGAGCACAUAAUCUGCAUCUUCCCUCCUAACCAGACCUUUUCUUACACAAAUCCAUCACGAAAAUGGUUUAUUUCUUCGAAGAUCUCUCGCGUAAGGAACCCAUCGAGGAUUUUUACGACAUCGGGAAAGAGCUCGGACGUGGGGCCUCUUCUGUAGUGAAAUUAUGUCGACAAAAGGGGACAAACAAAGAAUUUGCAGUCAAGAUAAUGAAGAAAACGGUGGACAAGAAGAUUAUACAAACCGAGACUGGGAUUCUUUUUCGCAUUAAUCAUCCAAAUAUCAUCCAUAUGAAGGAGCUGUUUGAGACCCAUACUCAUCUCUUUAUGGUGCUAGAGCUUGUGACGGGCGGAGAGCUUUUUGAUAGAGUUGUUGAAAAAGGCUAUUACUGUGAAAAGGAUGCUGCAGACGCCAUAAAAAUGAUAUUGGAGGCAGUUGGGCAUCUACACAAGAAUGAUAUCGUACACAGAGACCUUAAGCCUGAAAAUCUACUAUAUGCAAAUGAACGGGAAGAUUCUCCCCUCAAAAUAGCAGACUUUGGUCUGUCCAAGAUCUUACCUCAAGAAGUAAUGACUAGUACAGUAUGUGGCACACCAGGGUACUGUGCACCUGAAGUUCUUAAGGGUGAAAGUUAUGACACAGGUGUAGACAUGUGGGCAAUCGGGGUGAUUGCUUAUAUCCUGCUAUGCGGUUUUGAACCAUUUUACGAUGAAACUGACCAACAAAUGUUCCAGCGAAUACUCAAAUGCGACUACGACUUUGUUUCUCCAUGGUGGGAUGAUGUCUCAAGUGGAGCUAAGGAUCUUGUGAAGAGACUAAUUACAGGAGACAAAAACAAAAGACUGACUGCUAAACAAGCUUUAGAUCAUCCAUGGGUGAAGGGUGAAAAUGCUCGACGUGAAGACAUGGAACGAACCAGGAAGAAGUUAAAAGAGUUCAAUGCAAAACGCAAACUGAAGGGAGGAAUGCUAGGGGUUAUGGCAGCAGAAAAUUUUGCUAAGGGCUUUGCUAAAAAGUCAUGACAUUUAUCAAGACAUUUAUCCUAAAGCUUUUUAGGAUAACAAAGCAAAAACACCAAAACACACACACACCAAAAAAAAACACACCACCAUUAAAUGGAACAAAACCCAAAUUUUUGUACCAGUUAAUGGGCUUUUUUAGGUGAAACGUUGUUUGGCAAAGGUAGCAUUAUAAAGCUUAAAAACAUUAUAUUUUCAAUCGUUAUCCAAUGCAAUAAAUAGUUAGACCACUGAAAAUAAGUUGAUUCAAAAAUUAUUACUCACAUGAUUAUUAAAUUAUCUUUGCUUGUGUUAGACAAUUAUAACUGACAGUUUUGUUUAUCCUGAAUUUAAGAAAUAUGAUUAUUUCAUAUAAUAAAAAAACAUGGGGAAAUGGGGGCAGUUCCUGUACAUUGUACUUAACAUACUAAUACUCAUUACAUUUCUGCUGGCUUUAGCUAGCUCAACUCUGGUAUAAGAACACUUCCUAGAAGAUAACCUUUGUGUCAUUUUGUCAAAACCUUUGUGAUUCAUCUUGAGCCCAAUUCACAGGUUCUUACACCAGAGUAAAGCCUAUUUGUUGGUCUACACCGUGAUUUAGCAUUAUGCGACUUCCCUCAACACCUCUACAACUUGCGUGAUGAGAGAAUAAAUAAACAAGCCUAUGACUCUGCUACAAUGUUCAAGUACAAGUUGUAGUGUGUAGUUUAGGGCUAAGACAUAUCAUAGGCUGCACAGGACUAAAUCGUGGUCUAAAUCAGCCUUAUCAGUUUGAUUUUGAAUAGAUAAGUAGGUCAAGGUGAUUUAAAAAUUAAUUGAAAAAAUGUGCAGUAGCUAGAAAAUAUUUAAUCAAAAUGUCACUUAUCAAACAUUAUUGCUGCGUAAUAUUGAUUGAUUUAGGUUGUUCAUAUUUUGGUUAUAUUAAAGUCUUCAGUAAAUGGGUAAGAUAAAUAUGAAUGUCUAAAAA